AUGGAUCCAGCACUGUGGAAAGGAGAGCACAGUCAGAUAGCUUUCGUGCCAGUCCUACAGACAGACAAGCACCGGGUCCCUUCCUGCGAGCCCUGCCACAGCCCGCUGAAGAGCAUCUGUCACAGCCAGCGUGAGCAGGCUGCUAACGUGGGCCCGGAUUACCAACUGCCAAACCCAACGCAGCACCUCGAGUGUACUUUGGAAUGUCCGCCUACAUUUACAUGUGGAGGAGUUGUAUCUGGAGAGUCAGGGUUUAUUGGGAGUGAAGGAUUUCCUGGAGUCUACCCUCCAAACAGCAAAUGUACUUGGAAAAUCACAGUCCCAGAAGGAAAAGUCGUGGUUCUUUCUUUUAGAUAUUUGGACCUGGAAAGUGACAACUUGUGCCGAUAUGAUUUUGUGGAUAUAUACAACGGCCAUGCCAACGGGCAACGCAUCGGCAGGUUCUGUGGUACUGUGAAACCAGGUGCCCUUGUAUCCAACAGCAAUAAAAUGUUGGUGCAGAUGACUUCAGAUGCUAAUACUGCUGGAAGUGGAUUCAUUGCAAAGUUUUCUGCAGCAGAACCACAUGAAAGAGGUGCGCUGGAGCAGUACGAACGCUGUCUGGCCGACGUGCCAGGCCGGCUAAUAGAAUUAAAGUUUGAGAAGUUUGAUGUGGAGAGAGACAACUACUGCAGAUAUGACUACGUCGCAGUGUUUAAUGGUGGGGAAAUCAAUGAUGCUAAAAGAAUUGGGAAGUACUGCGGAGACAGUCCACCAGCGCCUAUUCUGUCUGAGAGAAAUGAGUUGCUCGUUCAGUUCUUGUCUGAUUUAAGCUUAACAGCCGAUGGUUUUAUUGGCCAUUAUAAAUUUAGACCAAAAAAGUUACCCACAACUACAGUUCCACCUACUACCACAACAGUCCCUGCUACCUCAAUUGUGAAACCUACAGUUGCCCUGUGCCAGCAAAAGUGUAAGAGGAGCGGGACUCUCGAAAGCAGUUAUUGUUCAAGCAACUUUGUAAUAACUGGAACUGUAAUCACAGCAAUAACGCGGGCUGGCAGUCUGCAUGCAACAAUAUCAAUCAUUAAUGUAUAUAAGGAGGGAAAUUUAGCAAUUCAACAAGCCGGCAAGAGUAUGAGUGCCAAGAUUAUUGUUGUAUGUAAGCAGUGUCCUCUCAUCAGAAGAGGUUUAAACUACAUCAUCAUGGGCCAGGUAGAAGAAGAUGGUAGAGGCAAAGUCUUUCCUAACAGCUUUGUCAUGAGUUUUAAGACUAAGAAUUCAAAAAUCCUAAAUGCCUUGAAAAACAAAACAUGUUAAAACUAAACUCUGCAGCUGCAUUCUAUCAUCUCUCUUGAAAAAUAAUUUUCACUUACUAUAAGUCAUGAAAAUACAACUGACUGUCAACACUAAGACCAUGCUCACCCUUUGUUCCCUCCCACCCACCUAAGCACACCCUGGCACAAAAACAGAUCCUCCGAAGUCUUAAAGCUGAAGAUGUGCAGCACAGCCAUCUGA